CCAAAAAUAAAAUCACUAUUAUAUAUUAAUAUAUAUAAUAAUAUAUACUUUAAUCAAUAACAUAAUAUAGUAAUAAUAAUAAUAAUAAUAAAAAUAAUAAUAAUAAUAAUAAUUAAAAUAAUAAUAAUUAUAACUAUUGCCAAAAAUAUAUUUAUAAAUAAUAUAAAUUAUAUAAAAUGAGAUUAUUAUGUUUAAUACUAUUUUUAGUUUUAAAUUAUAUAGUAUAUAUAAAUUGUGAAACAAAUGAAAUUGCAGUUUUAUGUAAUGAUAAUGAUCCAUGUACAGUAGAUAGAUUUAAAAUAUUAAAAUGUGAACAUACUCCCAAAUGUGUACCACAAAAUCAAUGCGAAAUUGCAACAUGUAAUAAAAAGAAUGGUGAUUGUUCAUUCCAACAAAAAUGUGUAAGUAGACAUGCAUGCGAAAAGGCAUAUUGUAAUCCAAGUAAUGGAGAGUGUAUAUAUACACCGACAUGUAUAAGUGGUGAUCGUUGUUCGAUUGCAUCAUGUAAUGAAACUACUGGUGCAUGUAAUAUAAAACCAUUAUGCAAGGGUGAAGAAAUUUGUCAUGAGGGUGGAUACUGUGUUGAUUGCAGUGACAACAAUCCCUGUACUACAGAUUUUUAUUCACCCUACUAUGGCGUUUGUAUAAAUAUAGUGAAUGAAUGGAUAAACUGCGAAAACUCUACUGAAUAUAGAAAUUGUCUCAAAGGUUGCCAAACUGAUAAUUGUAGAACUGCAGUAUGUGAUAAGCAAACCCUCAAAUGCCACACUAAUUAUAAAGAUUGUUCAGAUGGAGACCUAUGUACUCUAGAUAAUUGCGAUCCUGAAAUAGGAUGUACUCAUCAAGCAGUUGAUUGUAGCGACAAUAAUCCUUGUACUAUUGAUUUUUGUGAUAAUGAAUAUGGAUGCCAUUAUAAACCAGAUCCAGCAUGUAAUGGUAAUAAACCCUGCAAUGUAAAUUCAGAUUGCAACGAUAAUGUCGCAUGUACAAAAGAUGUUUGCACCAAUGGAUAUUGCGAGCAUACAUUAAACUGUGGUUUUGAUCAACACUGCAAUAGAGAAUACAAAUGUGAAAAAGUUCGAUUUGAAAAUUAAAAUUAUUAACAAUAAUAAUCCUCUUUAUAUACACAACAAAAAAUAACAAUAUUAUAAAAAAAAAAAAAAAAAAAAAAAAGAAAUCCCCAAACCAAUUAUUAUUAUUAAUAUAGAGAAAUAUUUAAAUACUUAAAUAAAUAUAACUAUUUAAAUUGUUUUCUUUUUAAAAAAAAUAAAAUAAAAUAAAAUAAUUUUAAAAAAACUAAAGUUAUCAAAAAAAAAAUAAAA